AUGACCGUCACUUAUACGGCUGAAGUAGCAUCCUGUCGUGGAUUUGGUUGCUUUCUGAAAUUGCUCCGCAGAUGGCGUGGCAGCAUUUAUAAACUUAUUUGGCGUGAUUUGCUCGCCUUUCUCACGAUUUACUACACCCUUAGUUUAAUCUAUCAAUUUCUAUUGAGUGAAAGAGGGCAAAAAACCUUUGAGAACCUCGUACACUACUGCAACAGCUACGGUUCCCUUAUACCGCUCUCCUUUGUGCUCGGUUUCUACGUAACCGUUGUGAUGCAGCGUUGGUGGGAUCAGUAUAUGACCAUACCGUGGCCCGAUCCGAUUGCUGUAUUCGUCAGCGCCAACGUGCAUGGGCAGGAUGAGCGUGCUCGCGUCAUGCGACGCACUGUUAUGCGCUACGUCUGCCUCUGUCUCACCAUUGUUUUUACACAGAUUGCGCCCCGCGUAAAGAAACGUUUUCCAACACUCGAUCAUCUGGUCGAAGCAGGUUUGCUGCUCGAAAAUGAAAAGUUGGUUAUUGAAGACUUGAAUAUUGCUUUUCCAAAAUAUCCCAAAUAUUGGCUGCCCAUUGUGUGGGCUGCUAGUAUUAUAACACGAGCGCGCAAAGAGGGACGUAUACGCGAUGAUUUUUCAGUGAAAACAAUCAUUGAUGCGUUGAACAAAUUUCGCGGAAAAUGCGGUGUAUUACUUUUCUAUGAUACGAUUUCAGUGCCGCUUGUUUAUACGCAAGUCGUAACGCUCGCUGUAUAUACUUACUUCAUAUGCCAGGUGAUCGGACAUCAGUGGACCAAAUUGGACAAUCAAAACUAUGUCGAUCUUUAUUUUCCGCUGUUCACUACUUUGCAAUUCUUCUUCUACAUGGGCUGGCUAAAAGUGGCCGAGACUCUGAUCAAUCCCUUUGGAGAGGACGAUGAUGACUUUGAGGUCAACUGGAUGAUUGAUAGGAAUUUGCAAGUUUCCUAUCUCAUUGUCGACGAAAUGCAUCACGAGCAUCCCGAGUUGGUGAAGGACCAAUACUGGGAUGAAAUUUUUCCCAAUGAACUGCCUUAUCAAGGGGAUAGCAAGCGUGAAGAGCCACCUGAACAGUCCACUGCAAGACUGGAUUUCACCGCCAACCAGACGACUGCACUCUCACGAUCUGAGUCAAAAUAUGAUGGAGUGACUACCAGUACCCGAAUUGCUGACCACCCAACUGCAUCAUCGUCAAUUAGCCGAAUAACCGAUACCAGUACACGCUUUCGUACUGCCUUACAAAGGUUUCUUGCGCGUGAACCUAAUGAAAAAGAUAGCACGCCAUCACAACCAGAUGCUGAGAAGCAAGCAUCAACACAGACUAACGGUUCAGUACAUUCCCUAGCCAAAUCGCCGACUAUAAUACGCACUGCUGAGGCAUUGCAUAUUAUUGAUGAAAAAUUAGAUGAUUUGGAUGCAGACAAAACCUUAACCGAUCAACCAGACAUAUCAACAACAAAAGAUGUGCGUCAGUUAUUUCAUGGCGAUCAUGAAUAUACCGUGCUACCUAGUAGUGUGGAAAGCCUGCAACAUGAGAGUGGUUCGUCCGCGCAAGUGACGUUUGAAGAAAUUGACGAGGAAGUUGAGGAGGAACAAGAACCGGAGGACGAGUUCCAGCGUUUGCGAGAAGAACGUGAGCGUGAACGCUUCGAGAGGCAAAAAAUGAAAUAUGCUCGCGGCAUAUCGGCAGCUACCAACUUGAACUUAGAUGGCGACAUGGCAGGCAUUUCGGCUGUACAAUCACCCAUGGCGCGUGGAGUACCACCCAAUGAAGAAACCUUCAGUGUACACUCGUUGACCCAGCAAGUAACUUCGCCUAUAGCAAUUGGANCCCCCCCCCCCUAA